AUGACCCGGGACAAAUCCGCGCAUUAUGCCGAGUCUAACGCGUUCACUGACUGCGAUGCAGCAGUAACCGCUCAAUCGAUUAUAGGUGUUGCUGAUACGACAUUCAUGGCAGAUACUCCUUUGGAUGACGAGAUUCAAGCUUUGAGAACCAAAGUGCUAACCCGUGCUUUAGAAUUUGGCCACCAAGAUCUAUCCAGUCAACAAGAUGAUUUAUCCAAUCAACAAGAUGAUUUAUCCAGUCAACAAGAUGAUUUAUCCAGUCAACAAGAUGAUUUAUCCAGUCGACAUGAACAACGACUGAGGGACUGGGAACAGCUUACACUAUAUUGGACACGACUGUGCUGGCCUCAAUGUCAGAAAGGGUAUGCCAAAUUGGGUGCUAGAGAAUGUGAUAUGGACACGGACGAAAUGAAGGAUUUGAAGCGCCAGAUAAGGGUGGAUGUGCAGAGGUCUAUGCAAUUCUUUGACUUCCAUUAUGGUCUGCCUAGGUCAGCCAUUUCGGAACGCCAAGAGCGGUUGGAGGUUAUACUGCGUGAUCUAUUUGCAGCGCACCCGCAGAACUGCAAUACCCUAAAUGGAUGUCGAGAAGACCAAGUGUACAGAGUAACGGAAACGGACGAGCAGUGUAUGCCGAACCAGCCGCCGCCCGACGAUCCGUCAAGUGACUUAACAAGCCACUCGACCAGCCACUCGACCAGCGGUAUCGAUCCGCCGUCUGGCCGUUCAGAAGACAGUGGCGAGACGGAGAGUUACGAGUUGCAGUACAUCCAGGGCGCGCAUGAAGUGUGUGUCGUGUUCUGUGAACUCAACUCUGCGAACGUGUUCGAUUCGCCGCGUUUCAUGGACUUCCUCGUUAACUUUUAUUUAACGCGGUUAUUCAACCUUCAAUCACGGAUCAGGUUCGACAUUGGCAUGUACCAAACUAUGGCGUUCAUAUCAGAAUUGCUGUACCGGUUCAAUCCCGAGCUCCUGAAAAGCCUCAUUCUGAAUAGGCAUGAACGAUACCGAGCCGGUUGGAUGGGAGACGGCUCCGAACUUCAUUUCACCAUUCCCUGGUUGGUCACCAUGUUUGCUCACUCAAUCAGGUCUUUUGAUCUCCUGCAAACGAUUUGGGACGUAAGCGACGUACACCGGGUUGUAAGCGACGUACACCGGGUUGUAAUGGAGAGAAUCGUCGUGAGGGGGUGA